UCAAAACAUACUUAAAUAUGUACCUAAUACAUUUAUUAACUUUAUGUGCACUCUCAAAUCUUUUUAUAACUAAGUCUUAUUCAUUCGAAGAAUUUAAAGAAAACAAGGUACAUUUCUAUCUUUGGAACAGAAAUGUUCAAGAACAAGAAAUCGGAUGGAGAAACACUGGAAAUAUAAUUAAAGCACGCACAAAAUUUCUCAUACACGGUUAUUUAGAUAAGGGUAACGGUGAAGAUUUCUUUUUUUAUGGCCCGCUAACACGAAAAUAUCUUGCAAGCAAUAACACAAAUGUAAUCUGUGUUGAUUGGUCUUUUUAUUCGAGAAGACUUUAUCCCGAUUCCGUUUUAUGGCUGAGAUCGGUUGCAAAUUUAACAGCAAACCUUAUUAUGGAACUAAACAAAAAGGGAAUACCGUUUAGUGAUGUUCAUCUUCUUGGCCACUCUUUAGGUGCUCAUAUGGCAGGAUUUAUUGGGAAAUACAUACAGCAAGAAAACAUGGGUACAAAAAUUUAUAGAAUAACCGGACUUGAUCCAGCCGGACCACUUUUCCAUCGACGCCCAACAACCGAUAAAUUAUAUAAAACGGACGCUGAAAAUGUUGACACUGUAAUCGCAGAUAUUCGUUUAUUUGGAAUGAAUCAAAGAUUAGGACAAGUUAAUAUUUAUGCUAAUUGUGGAGGGCGACUUAAAGAUGAAGCAAUCAAUCAUCUUCUUGCCCCGUAUUACUACGGUUACGGAAUUUUAAAAGAUGAUUUAAUUGCUAAAAGGUGUAAUUGCGUUUUAGAUCGAAUAGUUAGUUCUACAUGUAAACCAGAACCUACUAACAUAUUGGGACAAAACGUUAAUUUUAAGAAACAGGGGACUUAUGUCAUAGAAAUUGAUAUAAUACCUAUGAUGAAAGAUGCUUUAGAUUCGAUGAGAAACUUCGAAAUGAAUAAAAUGAAAAUAAAUUUUAAACCGUUUAUUGACGGUAUAAUACAGAAAAUUAAGAAAAAUGUUAAUCUUAAAUAAACUAUCUAAACGAAUUAUAUUCGUAGUGAAU